AUGGUCAUGGCGCAGAAACUGCAAAAAGUAACACUGCAAAUGGACAUCGUCUCUCUGAUAACUUGUGACGACCCUGACUGCAUAGUGGCCAUCUUUAGCCGCCAGUUUCUCAGCAGAACAAAGACAAGAAAGGGGAAGACUGAAGACAUGCGCGCAACUCCUGCUACGCAAUGCAGAUCUCCCUCUUUGCAGAAAAGAUUCGAGGAGCGGUUCGAAGGGCUUGCAAAUGCACAAAAGCUGCGGUCUUGUCAAGCCAAGGUCUUUCUGAUACGAGACGCACUCAGGUCUGAGGGGUUUCGUACAGAUAAAUGGGUGGACUCUUCUGUCUUUUCAGCAGGGGGCGAAAACCUUGUCGAGAGGCUUGAGGAGGAGCAUGGAGUCUCCAUUGUUGUGCAGCCCCCUGCUUGUGGGGCGAAGGAGAGCAAAGUGACGAUCUUGGGAAACACUCAAGAGGUCCAUAACAAGAUCAUCCGUCAAUUCGCUCGAGAAGAGCUGGAGCGCAGACUCGAGGCUUCGUCGGAGGAUCUCGCCGUCCUUGAGGAUCAAAGUAAAAGCGAACAGAAACAAAGAGAUGCUAGUAAUUUCUGCUUCCCAUCGACCUGGGGAAGGAGAAUUGGUGGAGAUGGAGCAGGACUGAAGCUCGUCGCACUCCCGGCUGAAGGCUCAGAGGAAUGGUUCUUCUACCUCGACGAGUUUCACAAGACGAGCGAUAGUAAGGCGUUCACAUUGAUUGGCGUUCAGCGAGUGGAGAAUGAGUGGCUGUGGCGUCAUCACUCGCUGCACAAGGCGACAAUCAAGAACGAGAAGUGGCUCUUUCAUGGAACGCCGAAGGAGCACGCGAAGGCAAUUUGUGCUAACGGGUUCAACCGCUCCUAUGCUGGAAAGAAUGCGGCUGCUUACGGCGACGGCACAUAUUUUGCGCGAGACUCUUCCUUCGCGGUGCCCUUCUCGUGCUUCCCGAAAAUAUUGAAGGCUAACGAAACAUACUGCAUGUUUCUGGCCCAAGUCCUAGUUGGAGAAUUCACAGGGGGCUAUUUUGGCAUGAAAGAGCCCCCCCGAAAGGGCGAAAGGCCGUUAGAGGAAACGACGAUGGCCGCGGCCGCGUCGCGGUACGACUCUGUCGUGGAUGAACCGGUGAAUCCGAGCAUCUUUGUGGUGUUCAAGGAUUUCCAGGCGUAUCCUACUUACCUCAUCACAUUUAAGGUGCGGUCGCCUGAUGUCCUGAGUUGA